AUGGCCGACGUGAAAAGACCCACUUCUCCCGGUACACCCGGAGGUUCAAGCUCUUCUUUCGCCGUAGCUAGACCUCAUGGAGCCAAUGCUGUUCGACGACGUGCUCCCGCUGCUGCUCGACCAUCUUCAGCUCGAGCUGCUGGCGCAGGAGGAUCAAGUAAUACCAUGUUAAAGCUUUAUACCGAUUCAGGAGAAGCAGGGUUGAAAGUUGAUCCUUUCGUAGUCAUUGUCCUCUCUCUAUCAUUCAUCGCUUCCAUCUUCUUCCUUCACAUCGCAGCUAAGAUCGUUAGAGCAUUCACGAAGUAG